AUGAAUGCGCGCCGGGCCCUGCUCUCCGCCGCCUUGCUCGCCGGCCUCCUCUGGGAUUUACCUUGCUGCCGCCCGGCCUCCCUCCCCGCCGCCGCAGAGCUGGCCAAGGGCGGGCGGGGCCGCAGGGCUCCGCGAUACCCCCGGGAGAGCCGGCCGCGGCAGGGGGCACAGCCCGGGGGCCGGACGCCCCCGCGGGCGGAGCCCCACGAGUACAUGCUGUCCCUCUUCAGGACCUACUCCGUCGCCGAGAAACUGGGCAUCAACGCCAGCUUCUUCCAGUCCUCCAAGUCAGCCAACACCAUCACGAGUUUCGUAGACAGGGGACAAGACGAUCUCUCUCCCGCUCCACUCAGGCGGCAGAAGUACUUCUUUGACGUCUCCACGCUCUCGGACAAGGAGGAGCUGGUGGGGGCCGAGCUGCGGCUCUUCCGCCGCCCCCCCGCCGGCCGCCCGCCGCCCGCCGCCGCCGCCCCUCUGCUGCAGCUCUUCCCGUGCCUCUCCCCGCGCCCGCUGCACUCUCGCAGCAUGGACCCACGGGCGGCGGCGGCGGCGGGCUGGGAGGUGUUCGACGUGCGGCAGGGCCUGCGGGCGGGCCGGCCUUGGAAGCGGCUGUGCCUGGAGCUGCGCGCCUCGGCCGCCCGCGGGCCGCCGCCCCGCCGCUGGCUGGACCUGCGAGGCCUGGGCUUCGGGCGGCGGCCGCGGGCCCCGCAGGAGCGGGCGCUGCUGGUGGUGUUCACGCGGGCGCGGCGGCGCAGCCUGCUCGGGGAGCUGCGGGCCGAGCUGGGCGCGCCCCCGCCCGCCGCCCGCCGCCCGCCCGCCCGGCGCCAGCGCCGCACCGCCUUCGCCAGCCGGCACGGCAAGAGGCACGGCAAGAAGGCGCGGCUGCGCUGCAGCAGGAAGCCGCUGCACGUCAACUUCAAGGAGCUGGGCUGGGACGACUGGAUCAUCGCCCCGCUGGAGUACGAGGCCUACCACUGCGAGGGCGUGUGCGACUUCCCGCUGCGCUCCCACCUGGAGCCCACCAACCACGCCAUCAUCCAGACCCUUAUGAACUCCAUGGACCCCGGCUCCACGCCGCCCAGCUGCUGCGUGCCCACAAAGCUGACCCCCAUCAGCAUCCUCUACAUCGACGCGGGCAACAACGUGGUGUACAAGCAGUACGAGGACAUGGUGGUGGAGUCGUGCGGCUGCAGGUAG